AUUCUCUCUCUCUACCUAUAAAUACCACACGCGUCUCAUGCAUUUUGUAUAGCUCACCCAGUUUGUUACUUUGAUUUCGAUUUUUUUCUGAGUAGAAUUAAUUUGAAUCUCCUGGAGGUAGAGAAUAUAUAGAAUGGAGCUUGAUCUUUCCCCCAAGUCGGCGAAGAAGGUGUAUGGAGGAGACGGCGGUGCUUAUUACGCCUGGCUCCCGGAGGAGCUCCCGAUGCUCCGUGACGGUAACAUCGGCGCCGCCAAGCUUGCUCUUGACCAGUAUGGCUUUGCUCUUCCCCGAUACUCUGAUUCUGCCAAAGUCGCCUAUGUUCUUCAAGCUCUGUGUUGUUAAUCGCGGUUGCGUUCUGGAUUUUUCCGAUUUCCUGUUUUGAAGCUUCGUGAUCGUCGAUUUCUCGCAUACUCAGUCCAGUAAUUAGAACUGUGUUGUGAAUUGUGAUUUGAUUUUUCUUCGCAUCCUCGGUUAAUUCAUUAGAUCUAUGUAACAAUGUUAUGGAUUGCGAUCAUGCUUUUAAUUUGAUGUUUCCUGUAACUGUUCUGGAGCUUCACGAUCUUCAAUUUUCAAUGCAUCCUCUGUCAAUUAAUUGAUUAUUACAUCUGUGUUGUGAAUUAAUUUGUAUGAAAUUAUUAUCGCUCCACUACUACAAAAAAAGGGCAAAGGCACCG